AUGCACAGUACAUUCGCCCGAUGCUUGUUAUGUCAAUAUAUACGCUGCUGGGUACGGUGGUGCCUGGAAGCAGUGAAGGCCCGGGGUGCGGCGAGGGAGGCAUACCAUUUCCGGCCUCGAACCUUUGAGCUUGCUUUGCAGCAACAAACACAACAGCAGCAAGAGAGACUACUACGGAGGAUGCGGAGCGUCACAUUCCGGGGUGCGUCCACCCUGGAGGAGGCCGACGAUGGCUUCCAAAAAGCGGGAAAAAGGAAGAGACCACGGGGCCGACCCCCCGGCUUUCUCAUAGCCCAGGAGGAGGCUGCAAGGAGUUCGAGGCAAGGAAAGCUGACCUUUGCGGGGAAGGUUGAUACGGAUCUGACCGGAGACCGAGGAGACGGUGUUGGGGGCCUAGGGGUUACGACUCCAGAGGCCACGGAUACCUUGGAGGCGGACGGUCAGGAUGUCGGAAUGCAGGGAGCUGGCGGGCUGGAUGCUGGAAGUCCGAUGAGAAGUAGUGGAUUCAAAGGGCCUACUUCGUAUUGGGAAUCCUACGAACCCUACAUCAAUGCUGCGAACGAGAGCAUGAUGAGAGUCGUUAUCACACCCAUGGGCCUCUACUCUGAUUCUGUGUCUACCACUGUCAGAUGGCGGACCGGCAUUUAUCAGUUGAGCGUCACCCGAUUAACCCAAUGGAAUGGAAGGGCUUUGGAAGUAACAAAACAUGGGGAUGCCCUGUCUGGGCCUCAUCGAAGAACACAACCACCUGGAGCAGCCCAAUCAUAUGGAUAA